CCAUGAUCGCCUCUGCAGACCCGUGUGCGGCCCUGGGCUGUGGCUCCACAGCUUCCUGCUCUCCCAACGCUGCUGGCGAUCCUGUGUGCAUGUGCUCCACCGCUGGUUUUAUCUUCAGCGACGCUUACAAGACAUGCUUUGACCCCGUACUGCGCACGACGCUGGAGUUGCAGGCCCCCAACGCUGGGCGCAAGCGCAAGGCCAAGAAGCAGAGGCUCACCUUCUCCACCGAUUCGCCGGCAGAUGCGAUCGGUGGCACCUCCGCGUGCACGGACCUGACCUCCAGCAUCGGCGGCAACACCAAGGCCACCGUGGUGUGGAGAGUCGCGAAGCUCACUGGAGCUGAAAACGGCAUGUGCCAGAGCCUCACGUUCUACUCCGGCCCCGGCUGCUCGGGCCAGCCGGGCCUGACGAUCGCACGUCCUGCGUGGACGGGCCGUGGCUACCCCGUCACGAAAGGGACUCUCAAAAAGGCAUCCCAAUCGCCGAAAUCAGUUGGCUGCCGGAUCG